AUGAUGAUGUCUUGCACAGUACAAUCAUUAGUGCUUGUUCCAUGGUUUCUAGUAGUAGUAGGACUUGCCGGUGGAGAAGUCUCAUCCGAGACGGCAAUGUUUCCGGCGAUGUUUGUGUUCGGAGACUCGUUGGUGGACAACGGAAACAAUAACCACUUGAACUCAUUGGCUAGGUCCAACUAUCUCCCUUACGGCAUUGAUUUCGCCGGAAAUCAACCCACCGGUCGCUUCUCUAACGGCAAAACUAUCGUCGAUUUCAUGGGAGAGUUGCUAGGGCUGCCGGAGAUACCCGCAUUUAUGGACACGGUGGACGGAGGAGUGGAUAUUCUCCAGGGAGUGAACUAUGCCUCAGCUGCCGGAGGAAUCUUAGAGGAAACCGCUUUGGCAGUUGGAACAUGGACACUCGGUCAGAAUCACAACAGAGGCAAUGAGAGUUUAGGGAGAGAUUCUGAGAUAGUAUUGAAGAUUGAAGAUCAUCAAAGCUACAAGGUACAAGCCGUUAGAGAAGACGGUGAUGCACCGGUGCUGCCGGGUGGUAGUCAAGACAUGCGUGGCUUGAUGGGUAAAAAGAAGGUAUAUUUGCUGAAAGUACGAUUGAAUUUCUCUGAAAUUGCUUUUGGGAUUGAAGAAGAAAAGAGAAUUGGAGAUUUUGAGGUCUCAAGAUUAUCUCAGUGGAUGAUGGAGGCAGAAUAA